CUGCCAUGAAAGUUCAAACGUUCGAGAGAGGAAGCCGCAGCCACGAUUUGACUCACCAACACUCUCUUUUCUUUCUCUCUCUUCAUUAAUACUGAAAAAAAGAUUCCAAAUUUUUUCAAUUUUCACAUGAAAUCUCUCCCUUGUCUCUUCCUUUUGCUUUCGCAUCUUCUACGUCACACGCCUCGUCGUUGUCAACGAAUCCUCGUACUCUCCGGCGAUGCCCCGUCGAUUAAACGACGGCGAGCCUGGCCGUUUUACAGCCACCGCUCUUCUUUUGAUCGGUUUGAUCUCUUGUGUUAUCGUCUACGCUGUCUUCUCCACUGUCCUCCGUCCUUCCCAAGAUCGUACAUUACUCGUCGAUUCCGCGGUUCGAUUCACGGAGGAGUCGCCAGAUCACGCCGCGGCUGUACAUGGUAGAGAAGGGUGUUGCCGUGGAAUUGAUCAUUUGGAGCUCUGGGGUCCGGCGGUGAAGUGGGGAACGGAUUUUAAGUUUAAUUCGUCGCGUGAAUGUUGUAAAGCGUGUAAAGUUAUGUGUAACGGCAACGAUGGACCUUGCUUGUGCGAUUCAUGGGUCUUCUGUGGAAACAAAGAGGCUUGUGGGUCUAAGUUUGGGGAGUGUUGGUUGAAGAAGCAAAAAGAUGUCUUGGUGCCUGAUCGACAAGGAGGUGGGGAGAAUGUAAUAUGGACAUCUGGGCUUAUCUUUGGACAAGGCCAGGGCAUUGUUGGUUUUGAAACGGAACACGGCGUAAUUCAUGUCAAACUUCACCCUGAGUGCGCUCCUCACUCAGUCUACUACAUUCUUAGUUUGUUAACUCUGCGCCAUUGCGCAGGCUGCCAGUUUCAUCGAGCCGAGAACCGGGGAUCAUAUUGGGAUUCAGAAGGCGAGCAUGUACAUAAUGCUCCCUAUGGCCCACCAUACGCCAUGAUUCAAGGAAUACUCCAGGCCGAGGGAAACAUGUUCACGCCGAUCCCAACAGAGCACUGCCCAACUAUAAGCCGUGGCUCAGUGGCAUGGGUUGGCUCGGGUCCAGAAUUUUUCAUCAGUUUAGCAAACCACCACGAAUGGAAACAAUCUUACACUGUAUUCGGCUCUGUUCUGCCAGAAGACAUGGAUGUGGUGGAGACGAUUGCUAGUUUACCAACAAGAGCUGAUGUCUGGAAUGGUGUUGAUGUAUCUGUGCUGGAGAAACCAGUGUCGUUAACCGUACGGAGAAUGAAGACGGGCCAAGAACAAGAAGGAACCGGUUCAUGAAGAAAAAGCUAGCAAAUGAGCUCAAGAUAGUCUUGCUUCUUCCUUUUUGAAAUUUUAUAAUUUUCUUUGUUCAUAUAAAUAGAAACUACAAAAAGAAGCCAGAAAAUGUCUUGGUUCCGUUUAAAUGAAAAUUCAUUGGUUAUAUA